CGCUGAGUCUCCACGCUGCGCAGCCACAUCUUUAACAAGUGCGGCGGCUUCAUUUAAUCACCUCAUACAAAUGGAAUAAAGACAACGAUGGAGUUCUUCUGGGUGCAUUUCUUCUUCACUAUAGUAGUCAUUACUGACAGAAUCUGGAACUCACAGGCCUUCAACGUCGGCACUGCAGGCGCCAAGAUUUUCAGCGGCCCAGCUGCGGAAGAGUUUGGCUACACAGUCCAACAAGCGACAAACCAUGAAGGCAAAUGGCUCCUCGUUAGUGCCCCAUGGAGUGGUUUCAGUCAAAAUAGGAACGGGGAUCUUUACAAGUGUCCAGUCUCAGGGUCCAGAAACAACUGUGACAAGCUCAAUCUUCAAGAUUCUGUUAGUAUUCCAGAUGUUAAAAACAUCAAUGACAACAUGUGCCUGGGUUUGACUCUUACCAGGAUGCCUGCAGGUUUGAUGAUGUGCGGUCCUCUUUGGGGACAGCUCUGUGGUGAUCAAGACUUCUACCCAGGAAUAUGUGCAAAAAUGAGCCCCCUCUUUCAACCUCAACCUGCCUUCUCUCCUGCCGUCCAGUCAUGUGGAGGGCCUAUGGACAUCGUGAUUGUUUUGGAUGGCUCCAACAGCAUUUAUCCUUGGGAGCCAAUGGUCUCCUUCCUCCAGAAAUUAAUACCUGCACUUGACAUUGGGCCCAAAAAUACACAGGUCAGCGUCAUUCAGUAUGCUGUUGAUCCCAAGUUUCAAAUCAGACUUAACGAGUAUAAAACCAAAGCUGAGUUGAUCGAUGCAACGUCCAGAAUCAAGCAAAUGUAUGGUCAGUCUACCAAUACCUUCCAUGCGAUCCAAUAUGCCAGCCAGAUGGGAUUCCAUCAAAAUAAUGGAGGUCGAUCAGGCGCUGCCAAGGUGAUGGUGGUCGUCACUGAUGGGGAGUCUCACGACGAGGACAUCCGCGAUACAGUUAUCAAUGACUGUGAGAGACAAGGCAUCACCCGCUUCGGUAUCGCUGUCCUGGGUUAUUACACCAGAAACAACAUCAACACAGACAACCUGAUAAAAGAAAUCAAAUCCAUUGCCAGUACGCCCACAGAGAAGUACUUCUUCAAUGUGUCGGAAGAGGCAGCCCUCUCCACCAUUGCUGGAACAUUGGGGAGCCGCAUCUUCAACAUAGAAGGCACUGGAAAAGGGGGGGGCAACUUUGAGAUGGAAAUGUCCCAGGUCGGAUUCAGUGCUCACUACUCCAGCAAACGGGAUGUGAUGAUGCUGGGAGCAGUGGGAGCCUACGCUUGGAGCGGGACUGUCGUCCAUCAAACAGGGUCAAAAGUAGACAUUCUCCCUUUCUCAGUCUUUGAGGGAACCCUUCAAGACAAAAACCACAGCGCACUACUAGGUUAUUCUGUCACCACACUGAGUGAUGGAUCAACAGAAUACUUUGUGGCUGGUGCACCUCGCUCCAACCACUCUGGACAAGUUAUUGUGUACACCGUCAAUGCCCUGAAGCAAUCUGCCAUCAUAGACUCAGAAAGAGGAAAACAGAUUGGGUCAUACUUUGGAAGUGUCCUGUGCCCCCUGGACGUGGACCGAGACGAGGUGACGGACCUCCUUCUGGUUGGUGCGCCCAUGUUCAUGAACGAUCUGAAGAGAGAGGAAGGCAGGGUCUACCUCUUCUCUGUCACCAAGGGUAUACUGAAUGAGCAGGGAUUCCUCAAUGGUCCGCCCACCGAGAAUGCACGAUUUGGGAUAGCCAUCUCUGCCAUUCCUGACCUGGACCUCGACGGUUACAAUGAUGUUGUAGUAGGGGCCCCACUAGAAGACACAGGAAAAGGUGUCAUCUACAUCUACAACGGGCAGCUGAAGACACUGAACAAACAGUUCUCACAGAGAAUCUUUGGCUCCAAACUGGAUCCUAAAUUGCAGUAUUUUGGAAGGUCCCUGGAUAGCUACAUAGAUUUGAAUGAUGAUACAAUCCCUGAUAUUUCCAUUGGGGCAUAUGGCAAAGUGGUGCAGCUCUGGUCCAGAGGUCUGGCGUCUGUCUCAGCUAAAGCUUCUUUCAACCCCGAUAAAAUCAACAUUUUCAACAAACCCUGUGACAUUAAUGGACGCAAGCUUUCGUGUUUCAGCACUAACCUUUGUUUCAGUGCUGCAUUCAGGCCCAAGAAUCCCAUUGGACCCAUUGAUAUAUCCUACAAUUUGACUCUGGACGCUGACUUGCAGGCUUCGCGAGUGACGUCAAGAGGACUGUUCACUAAAAACAAUGAACGCUUCCUCACAGAAAAUGCAAAAAUAUCAUCUGUGCCCCUGUGUCAGAACUACCAGAUUUAUGUUCAGGAGGCACCAGACUUUGUCAAUUCCCUCAGUCUGAAAGUAGAAAUCAAGCAGCAGAAUGCAGAUGUGAACCCUGUCCUCGAUGUGUUUUCUGCAAGUGCCUGGGAAUUCUUUAUCCCCUUCACAAAAGACUGCGGCUCUGAUGAUGUGUGUGUCAGUGAUCUGGUGCUGAGUGUGAAGACAGACACAAAGGCGCCCAGCUCAGUUCCCGUUCUGGUGAGCGCUAAUAACCGAGAACUGUCAUUUGAAGUUGUCGUGAAGAACAAAAAGGAGAACGCGUACAACACUCAGGUCUUGGCCACUUACUCCAGCAACCUCUACUACUCAUCCAUCUUUCCUCCUACAGAGGAAGUCAAAUGCACUUCAACACAAACACAAGCCGUCACCUGCCAAGUAGGAUACCCAGUAUUAAAACAAGACCAAGAGGUGAAAUUUUGGAUUCAUUUUGAUUAUAAUCUUGAUCAGUUGCAAAACCGAGCCGAGGUGAAGUUUGAGGCCAAGAGCGAUGGUAAAGAGGAAAUACCUGCAGACAACAAAGUGGACAUAACCAUUCCUGUUCAAUAUGAUGCAGGGAUUGUUUUAUCUAGGCUGUCAAAUAUCGAUUUCUAUGUGGCAGAUGCUGCACUUCCCGUGGUAACAACAGUGGCAAGUCUAGAUGACAUCGGCCCAGAGUUUAACUUUACAGUGAAGGUUUCAACGAGUAACUUACCUGUCAGCCUCGUGUAUCUGACCAUUGCUCUGCCAGUGACCACCAGAGGUGGAAAUCAGCUCCUCUAUGUUACCAGUGUGAACACACAAACUGGAGGUGCUGUCAGCUGUGAUUCCAGCAACUUGGUUGAUCCUCUGAAGAUCGGAGAGAAGAGCCACAAAGUGUCCUUCUCUGAGGAGAGUCUCAGAGGCAUGGAGAAACUGGACUGCAAGAGUGCAAAAUGCGAGUAUAUAAAAUGUAUCCUCAAGGACACUGAAGUCAAAAGCGACUACUUUGUGAAAGUUAAAACAAGGAUCUGGAGUGGCACAUUUAUUUCGGCCACCUAUCAGACCAUCGAGCUGACCUCCACUGUUGAUGUCGAGACCUCCAACCCCAACCUGCUCAUUAUCAGCCUCAAACACUUGCCAGUGGUGGUGACAGUCAGUAAACCUGGAGAGAAAGGUGACGUUCCAGUGGGAGUGGUUGUUGGCAGCGUCAUUGCCGGACUGGUGCUGUUGGCUCUGGCUGUUGGACUGCUGUGGAAGUUUGGGUUUUUCAAAAGAAAGUACCAGCAGCUUCAGAGGGAGGCCGAUGAAGACGGACAGAGCCACGCACAUGUUGACGAAGUGCUGUGAUCUGAAGAGAAAACCUGCUGCCUUUUCUCUUCACUGGAUUGUUUCCUGUGUGGAUACUGGUACUUGUUACUGGUUCUUAUAAAGUACAAAUGGACUACAGUUCAAUCACUGGAAAUUGGACAUUUAUAUAAAAUGGAAGCUAUUCAGUUUGAGGAUAACUGGGAUUUGAUACUCUGUCCAUUUUUAGAGAGGAUUAUUGUUAUCAGUCUUUAUUUUUAAGCUUUGUGGCCUGUACAUUGACUACUUGCUGUUAUGCACUGACUUUGAAUAAUUGUAAGAACUGUAUGUGUAACAUGACAGAACCAUAUACAUACAAUACUUCUUCCGAAAUUGAUUUUGAGUUUUACACUGUAAAGCGAUCGUAUUCAUCCAUUGGUUUUUGUUUUGGCAACUUCUGGGCAAAAUGGUUGAACAAUCUUAUAUUGAAUAUAGCUCACUUGUCAAACUAUGACCUUUUUAUCAGACAGUCUGUAGCAUAAACUGCCUUGAGAUUAACUGACACUUUCUUGCAUUAAGACUAUUGGUAUCAGUAUUUUAAAUGCAAACAGGAAACAAACCCUACCCUGUUUUUCUGUCAUUCCUCUGUUCCAUUGUGUUUGUACUGUAUAUACUGUAAGAUAAAAUGAUCUUUUAUAUUAGGUUUAAUACAUAAAAAGGAUUAGAGGCAAUAUGGGUCCAUGAACUAGCUAAAUGUGUUGUUGUUGUUUUUAUUGUUAUUUUGUUUUUGUUUUUUACCACUAGUGGAACAGCUUGUCAGGUAUAACUAUUUUAGUAGCAUAUUGUGUUAUUUAUAAUAUGCUAGUUAUUUUUUGCAUCGUUGAUUAAUUGUUUCCCAUUCAAUUUCAGAGCAUAGACUUUUAAAAAUCAGUUUCCUGGUUCCAGGUGAAUCACGUCAAAUUGGUUGUUGUUUGUUGUCCAAACCCUACAUUACUGCCAUAUAACACAAAGGAAAGCAAUUUGAACCAGCAAAUGUUUUGGAUUUUUUUGUUCUAACUAUUAAAUUGAUUAUCAGCAUAGUUGCAGAUACAUUUUCUGUUGAUCAACUAAUGGAUUCAGCUCUAAUAAUGUUUAUCUGUAGGUCAAAAGGACACAGGGUCCCAUGUGCAAGUAUUGUUCACUACAGAGAAAAUGUGUUAUAGAUGGAGCAUGAUGGUUGCCAAAACACCAUCCAGGUUAAUUUACUCCCUAAAAACACCUAAUAUGUCCCUUUGUUUCUCUCUUACAGUAGUAAGUUUGAGAGUGUAAAGUGAACCCUGCAGGAUCUAAAUGUGUAUUGGCACACCUUUGCCACUAGAUGGUAGCAUGAUCUAGAUGGCAUGUUGGCACUGUUGAGUAUUUUCUAACUGCUCUGUUAAUGACUUAAACACUCUAUACCCCUAUCAAUUAAAGCUUCCAAAUGUAUGAUCCAUUUUGGACUGUGUUGCUCCUCUUCUCUACUCUCUAGUCCCCUCUCCUAACCUGACCCAGCAAGUAACCGUACUUGGACCGCUUCCUUCCAAACAUCAGUACAAUUGAAGAUUUCACUCAAAAUCGGUUAACUUCCUCUGACAUUUUUGACUGUGGUGUUCUCCCUCUCUCAAGCUUUUUUUUGUUAAAGGGGAUACAGAGUUUGAUGAUUAAAAUGCUCUGUUUCACAAUUAUUGAUGCACUACGUUGUUAUGAAAUAGCCUUUUGAUUCUAUCUAUAUGUGUGCAGAGAGCUUUGUUGAAAUGGUCGAUGAAAUGUGAUACAAUGGAAGUGUUUGAACACAUUUGUAGAUUCCUCCCUCUUGGGUUUCCGGCAGAUGAUUGGCAGUUCCAGCCAAACAUCUGACCCAUGCCACAAUGGGAUGAUUGCUCACAAAUUGCUGCAAUGUUGUUUUAAAUCAAAAAUGACUUUAUAGCAAAUUAUUUAAUAUCUGUUUGCCUUGUUUUGCACUUUGAAAUAACCUUAUCGGGUUCAUUACAACUACUUUUAAGACUUUUAACUUUUCCUGCUAUUGACAUUAACUUGACAGGUCAUGAAUUGUACAUUUAUUUGAUUUGAUAAUAAAAACUUGGAACAUUU